AUACGUAUUCCUAGAUGUAAUCUGCUACAACCAUAAUUAAACCCUCAAUAUGUCACAAAGAGUUUACUUCUUGGCUCAUGGCCGAGUCCAAGGCGUAAGCUACCGAUAUUUCGCCCAUAAGAAGGCAGCAGAGCACAGCAUCACCGGGUGGUGCCGAAAUACCGAGAAUGGCAAAGUCGAAGGCGAGGCCCAAGGAGAAGAAGACUCCAUCAAGUCGUUUCUGAAGGAACUCGACAGAGGCCCGACUCAUGCUCAUGUUGUACGACUCGACAAAGAAUCCCGUGAUGUGCAAGAAGGGGAGUCCCGCUUCGAGGUCCGGAGAUAAGGGAUGAGACCAAACAUAGAGUAUCCUACAUAUAACCUCGACGAAGCCGCAACGUGAAGGGGUAUAAGCUGUAUUCGU